UCAGAGCUUCGUCCGGGCUCCAGCUGCAGCAGACAGAGGUUAGAGAAAGGAGCCGAAGAAAGCAGGACAAUAGCAGACAAAAGGUUUCCUACAGGACGGAGGCAGGACGCUGUGUGUCUCCGGGACUCUGUGGAGGUUUGUUCUGCUGAAGGAAAGCCGCGCAUGGAGAGAAACCCGGAGUACCGACCCUCACGGAGCCCCGACAGCCGCCAGGAGCAGCCCGCCGCCGGCAUGAGCCCGACCCGGAGCCCCGUCCUCCUCCUCGGCCUGCAUCUGCUGCUGUCCGCCCGCAUCCAGGUUUCUUCGGCUUCGGGACACUUUGAGCUCCAGAUGUUGUCGAUGCAGAACGUUAACGGUCGGCUGCUGACCGGCGCCUGCUGCGACGGGUCCCGGGACGUGCCGGCCGGACGGUGCAUGACUGACCAAUGCGACACCUACUUCCGGAUCUGUCUGAAGGAGUACCAGCUGAAGGUGUCAUCGGCCGGGCCGUGCAGCUUUGGCUCCGCCUCCACACCUGUCCUCGGUGGAAAUACCUUCUCUGUAGCCGGGAACGACAAAGCAGCCGGCAUCCUGCUGCCUUUCAGCUUCGCCUGGCCGAGGUCGUACACGUUGAUCGUGGAGGCCUUGGACUUCAACAACGACUCGUCCUCUGGCAGUGUCGGCGGGGCGCUGAUAGAGAAAGCCAUCCACUCUGGGAUGAUAAACCCCAGCCGGCAGUGGCAGAACCUGAAGCAUAACGGUCCCGUGGCUCAGUUCCAUUUCCAGGUCCGCCUCAGCUGUGAUGAACACUACUACGGCUUCGGCUGCAACAAGUUCUGCCGGCCUCGAGACGACUUCUUCGGCCACUACGAGUGCGACCACAACGGCAACAAAACGUGCCUAGAGGGCUGGUCUGGACCCAACUGCAACACUGCGAUCUGCAGACAGGGGUGCAGCACAGAACAUGGAUCCUGUAAAGUUCCUGGAGAAUGCAAGUGUCUGUACGGCUGGCAGGGGGAAUACUGUGAUCAGUGCAUCCCUCAUCCCGGCUGUGUUCACGGCGGCUGUGUGGAACCCUGGCAGUGUCUCUGUGACACCAACUAUGGAGGACAGCUGUGUGAUAAAGACCUGAACACGUGUGGGACGCGGCAGCCAUGUUUGAAUGGAGGAACCUGCAGCAACACGGGACCAGAUAAAUACCACUGCUCCUGCCCUGAAGGCUUCUCUGGGGUGACCUGUCAUAGAGUGGACCACGCCUGCCUCUCCAGCCCCUGUCUGAACGGAGGAAGCUGUGCAGAAACCAGUCAGGGGUUUGAGUGUCGCUGUGUCCCCGGAUGGACCGGACCUUUCUGCUCCAUCAACGUGGACGAGUGUCUGGUGAACUCCUGCAGCCAUGGGGGGACCUGCCAGGACCUGGUUAACGGUUUCAGGUGUCUCUGUCCUCCUCAGUGGGCCGGAAAAACCUGCCUCAUUGAUGCCAAUGAGUGCGACGACGGCCCCUGUGUCAACGCCAACUCCUGCCGGAAUCUGAUUGGAGGAUACUUCUGCGAGUGCCUUCCUGGUUGGAUGGGCCAGAACUGUGACAGCAAUAUCAACGACUGUCAUGACCAGUGUCAGAAUGGAGCCACAUGCAGGGACCUGGUUAAUGGUUAUAAGUGUGUCUGUGCUCCUGGUUUUGGUGGUGAACAUUGUGAGGAAGACGUGGACGAGUGUUCCAGCGGACCAUGUCUCAACGGAGGACGAUGCCACGACGAAGUGAACGGCUUCCACUGCUUGUGUCCACCGGGUUUCUCUGGAAGUCGCUGUCAGCUGGAUAUUGAUUACUGCCUCCACAGCCCAUGUCAAAACGGUGGUCAGUGCUUCAACCUGGCAUCUGACUACAUCUGUAAAUGUCCUGAAGACUACGAAGGCAAGAACUGCUCACGCCUGAAGGACCACUGCCGCACGACACCCUGCAAAGUGAUUGACAGCUGCACGGUGGCGGUGGCGUCCAACAGCACGCCGACGGGGGUGCGUUUGAUCUCGUCCAACGUGUGCGGACCCCACGGCCGGUGUCAAAGCCACAGCGGGGGACAGUUCAGCUGUGAAUGUGAGGAGGGAUUCACUGGGACCUACUGCCAUGAGAAUAUAAAUGACUGUGAGAGCGCCCCCUGUCUGAACGGAGGAACAUGCAUCGAUAAAGUCAGUCAGUAUAAGUGUGUCUGUGCUGGAGGCUGGGAUGGAUCCACCUGCCAAAACAACAUCGAUGACUGCAGCUCCGCUCCUUGUCAGAAUCGAGGCGUCUGUCGAGAUCUGGUCAGCGACUUCUACUGCGAAUGCAGCAACGGCUGGAAAGGAAAGACAUGUCACUCCAGAGAGAGCCAGUGUGACGAGGCGACCUGUAACAACGGAGGAACCUGCUAUGAUGAAGGAGAAACCUUUAAGUGUGUGUGCGUGGCCGGCUGGGAGGGAUCCAGCUGCAGCAUCGCAAAGAACAGCAGCUGUCUGCCGAGUCCCUGUGAGAAUGGAGGGACCUGUGUGGUGGACGGAGACUCGUUCAGCUGCUUCUGUAAGGAGGGCUGGGAGGGCGCCACCUGCAGCCACAAUGCCAAUGACUGCAGCCCUCAUCCCUGUUACAACAGCGGCACUUGCGUCGAUGGAGACAACUGGUAUCGAUGUGAAUGUGCUCCAGGGUUUGCCGGCCCAGACUGCAGAAUCAACAUCAACGAGUGCCAGUCAUCUCCCUGUGGAUUCGGUUCAACCUGUGUGGACCAAAUUAACGGUUUCCACUGCAUCUGUCCUCCAGGAAGAACUGGAACUCACUGCCAAGACGCGUUGGGGAGGCCCUGUGUGCUCAGAGGCCUGCUGGCUCUGGAUGGAAGCAGAUGGGAGGACGACUGCAACAGCUGCAGCUGCAACAACGGAAAAGUCACCUGCACCAAGCUCCGGUGUGGCCCUACACCCUGCAGCCUCCUCAGUAGGACUCGCGGUGCAGAGUGUCCAGCCGGGCAGACCUGUGUCGCCGUCCGUGAAGAACGCUGUUUCAUCAAACCCUGCCCCGGCCAGGGGGAGUGCUGGGACCCCACCCACCGCCCCACACCUUCGGCUAGGUGUCACCCAGAGAGCAGCUGUGCUAACGUCAUCUUCACCUUCAAUAAGGACGUCAUGACAAAGGGUGUGACGGUGGAGCAGGUCUGUCGUGAGCUCAGAAGCCUCUACAUCGUCAGGAACCUGUCCUCUUCUGAUUCGUCCGUCUCUGUGAGCUGUGAAAUGUCCCUCAGCACCAGCAAUGAGAUCCAUGUAGCCAUGUCGACAGACGACCAGAGGAGAGGUCUGACCUUCGUCAAGGAAAUCACAGACAGGAUCAUGGACCUGGUCAGUAGAAGGAGCGCCAACAGCACCAUCAUCAGCGCCAUCGCAGAGGUUCGCAUCCAGAGACAACAGCGCCAAAACCCCAACGACCACCUGGUGCCCCUCCUGGUUUCGAUGAUCGUGGUUGUCUGGGUUCUGGCCAUGGCUUCGGUUCUACUGUGGUGCGUUCGGAGGCGGAGGAAGCAGAACACUCACACAGGCGUCAGCACCCAGGCCUCGUCGUCUUUGGCGCCCGCCGUCGAGGACAACAACGCCCUCCAUAAUAGCAUCAACAGCGCCCGCGAGCAGCUCAACCACAUCAAGAACCCCAUUGAGAAAAACCCGCCGAGCCACCAUCAGCAGCACCGCCUCCUCUUCCACGGCUACUUCUAUGAGGACAAGAACUCCGUCAACGCAAAGAUCAGGAAACCCGACAGUGGGAGCCAAUCAGAAGAAGAUGAGGUGGACAAGAGGCUACAGAAAGCACGGUUCCCUGUAGCACCGCCGGCGUACUCGCUGGUAGAGUGGGAGGAACGAACUCCCCAUCCGACGGCAAGCAAACCCCCCCAGUGGACUAGCAAACAGGACAACAGGAGCGUCAACAGGGUGGAGUACAUCGUAUAGCCAAAGGAGAUCAGAACAACUCCCUGGUGAUGGAAGACUUUAAUGACCCGUUGGGGAUAUUUUUCUAUCAUUUGUAGCCUUUUUUAUGUUUUUGUUUCAUACUCAGAAUUGAAUCUCAUGAUUUGCUGUUUAAUUUAUGUUGUGACUGACACUGGUCUGAACGCUCCACUGUGAUUGGAUGUUUCAGGAAAUGACUGGAUGUGGACACGCUGAAGCAUCUCUAAAGGAUCUGUUUGUAUUUUGGGAUGCCUCGUUGCACCACAGCACCUGACAGAUGUGGAGAAAACUAUUUAUUUUUUAUUUUCAGGGUGGUUGGAUGUGGUCAGUCCAUCGGCAGCUGCUGCCAACAUGAAGAAUCGUCUGUGUAGAAUGUUCCUGUAUAGACGUGUACAUAAUGUUUUCAUGAAUCACUGUGUAUAUUUGGUUUCUUAAUUUAAUUGUCAAGAACCUUAAGAUAUUCCUUUUUUGUAUUUAUGAGUUUAGAGUUGAAGGUUUGACAGCUUUGUAAGCUGCUGACUUUUUGACAAAGUUUUUUUGAUAUGUUUUUCAUCGACGCCAAAAGUGUUCUUGAAAGAAUAGUUUAUUGUUUAACCUUUUGGAUUUGGGCAUUUUUGUGCCUCGGCUAAGUGUUUUAUACGUCGUCGUAAAUACUUUUCAUGUCAGUGGAAAGGGAGGGGAAGUGCUGAGCAGUUACAGAUUUUGCUGCUGCAGGGUCUUUUUAUACUAACUGACAUGAAAAAAGAAAUUCUUCAAGGGAUACGACUUGUUUUGUAGUAUUUUUUGUACAGUGUAACAUUGAGUUGAGGACGGCCCUCGGUUCCUGCCACAAUGAAAGUACUUGUAGAGCAUUCAGCUAGAACUCUAAACAGCUGUUCUGUGACAUGUUGCCUGUUGUUAAUCCGACGAUGAUAUGAGGCUGUAGAAACCACGUCUGAUCAGGUGUCAGCCCCUUUAAGAAAACUUGUUUUUCUUGUUUGUUUGACCUUCAUGUUUCUGGACCUUGAUGAAUAAAAGUCUUUAAGUUUG